CGUCCCUCUUGCCAGACCCGGAAGGUCCCCCGGGCCGCCGCGCCAUGGCCGGAAAGCUGGCGGGGGGCUCCGGAGAGGCGGGCCCCGAGGGCUCCCCCGUCGCCCGCAGAACCUGGGCCAGCCGCAAAGAAGGAGGAGGAGGAGGAGGAGGAGGAGGGUGCCACUGGGGCGCCCCCCCGGCCGUCGCCAUGGCGAAGCGGGAGUCCAGCUCUAGCCCGGUGGUGCGGCAGAUCGACAAGCAGUUCCUAGUGUGCAGCAUCUGCCUGGACCGCUACCACAACCCCAAGGUGCUCCCCUGCCUGCACACCUUCUGCGAAAGGUGUCUCCAGAACUAUAUCCCGCCCCAGAGCCUGACCCUCUCCUGCCCCGUCUGCCGCCAGACCUCCAUCCUGCCCGAGAAGGGGGUGGCCGCCCUGCAGAACAACUUCUUCAUCACCAACCUCAUGGAGGUGCUGCAGCGCCAGCCCGACAGCGCCAGCCACGAAGAUGCGGCCGCCGCCAUGCUGGACUCUGUCAGCGCUGUGCCUGGAAAAUCUCUCUCCUGCCCCAACCACGAGGGGAAGAUGAUGGAGUACUACUGCGAGUCGUGCGAGACGGCCAUGUGCCACGAGUGCACGGUGGGGGAGCACCGGGAGCACGUGACGGUGCCACUGCGGGACGUGGUGGAGCAGCACAAGGCCUCCCUGCGCCAGCAGCUGGAGGCCAUCAAGAGCCGCCUGCCUCAGUUGACUGCGGCCAUCGGGCUGGUCUCCGAGAUCAGCCAGCAGCUGGUGGAACGCAAGAACGAUGCGGUGGCCGAGAUCGGGAGCACUUUUGCCGAACUGGAGAAGGCGCUGCACCAGCGGAAGGGGCUGCUUGUGCGGGACCUGGAGGCCCUGUGUGGAGCCAAGCAGAAGGUGCUGCAGGCACAGCUGGACACGCUCCGACAGGGCCAGGAGAACAUCCUGAGCAGCUGCAGCUUCACGGAGCAGGCCCUGGACCACGGCUCCGAGACAGAGGUCCUGCUGGUCAAGAAGCAGAUGACCGAGCGCCUGAGCGAGCUGGCCGGCCGCGACUUCCCUGAGCAGCCGCACGAGAACGCCCAGGUGGACUACGUGGUGGAGGCGGAGGGCGUGCGCAAGUCCAUCCUCAACCUGGGCGUCCUGCUGACCACCAGCGCCAUCGCCCACAAGACGGUGGCCACGGGGGAGGGCCUUCGCCACGCCGUGGUGGGCCAGGCCGCCUCGCUGACCGUCACCACCAAGGACAAGGAUGGGGAGCUGGUGCGCAGCGGGAGCGCCUGCCUGCAGGCUGAGGCCACGGCGCCCGACGGCUCGGCCCUGGGCCACGAGGUGCUGGACAACAAGAACGGCACCUACGAGCUGCUCUACACGCCGCGGCACGAGGGAGACCACCUGCUCUCCAUCCGCCUCUACGGGCAGCCCAUCCGCGGCAGCCCCUUCCGGGUGAAGGCCGUCAAGGCCUCCGACGUGCCGCCCUCCCCAGACGACGUCAAGCGCCGCGUCAAGUCCCCCAGCAGCGGGCACAUCCGGCAGAAGGCUGUGCGGCGCCCCUCCAGCAUGUACAGCAGCGGCAAGAAGAAGGAGAACCCCAUCGAGGAUGAGCUCAUCUUCCGCGUGGGGAGUCGCGGUCGGGAGAAGGGCGAGUUCACCAACUUGCAGGGCAUCUCCACCUCCAGCAGCGGGCGCAUCGUGGUGGCAGACAGCAAUAACCAGUGUGUGCAGGUCUUCUCCAACGAGGGCCAGUUCCGCCUGCGCUUUGGGGUGCGGGGCCGCUCCCCAGGCCAGCUGCAGCGCCCCACGGGGGUCACCGUCGACCUGAACGGAGACAUCAUCAUUGCGGACUACGACAAUCGCUGGGUCAGCAUCUUCUCCCCCGAGGGCAAGUUCAAGACCAAAAUCGGAGCCGGCCGCCUGAUGGGCCCCAAGGGGGUGGCCGUGGACCGCAACGGGCACAUCAUUGUGGUGGACAACAAGGCCUGCUGUGUCUUCAUCUUCCAGUCCAAUGGGAAGCUGGUGACCAAGUUUGGAAGCCGUGGCACCUCGGAGCGCCAGUUUGCAGGGCCACACUUUGUCGCCGUCAACAACAAGAACGAGAUCGUGGUGACUGACUUUCACAACCACUCCGUGAAGGUAUACAGUGCUGACGGAGAGUUCCUCUUCAAGUUUGGCUCACAUGGCGAGGGGAAUGGGCAGUUCAAUGCCCCAACGGGGGUCGCCGUCGACUCCAACGGGAACAUCAUUGUGGCCGACUGGGGCAACAGCCGGAUCCAGGUUUUCGACAGCGCAGGCUCCUUCCUGUCUUACAUCAAUACCACGGCAGACCCCCUCUACGGGCCGCAGGGCUUGGCGCUGACGUCCGACGGACACGUGGUGGUGGCCGACUCUGGCAACCACUGCUUCAAGGCCUACCGCUACCUGCAGUAGCCCCGGGGGGCAGGCUGGGCCCGGGAGGGGGCCGCGGGGCUUCCCCUUCCUGCCCACCUGCUGGCCUUAAGGACGAUGGGCUCGGGUGGGGGGGCUGGACCCUCA